AUGAAGUAUCGGAAUAUUCGAACGUCGGAGAAGACAGGCCUGCUAGCUGCAGUUUUGGUUUUCUUCAUCGGUGCUGCUCUGUUCAUCUCCAGCCUCACCGAAAAUGGAAACUCAUUCAUUUGCUCUUUACCCAUUUUUGGCAAGGACGAUCACACCCCCACACCGGUUGAACUACAGGCGAUUCUCCAUUACGCCACAUCCCGAACAACACCGCAACAAUCCAAGAAUGAGAUCAGCCUCUGCUUCGAGGUCUUGAAAUCACGAGCUCCCUGCAACUUCCUUGUAUUUGGUCUCGGCCACGACUCACUGAUGUGGGCUUCAUUCAACCCACGAGGCACGACAUUGUUCCUCGAGGAGGACCCUAAGUGUGUCAAAAAAGUCUUGAAGGAUGCUCCGCAGCUGCGUGCCGUGCCCGUGAGCUACCGCACGCAGCUGAAGCAGGCGGACGAUUUGCUCAUGUCGUAUAAAUCCGACGCAACGUGCAUGUCCUCCGACGCAGUGCUGCGUGGCAACAAACAAUGCAGGUUGGCAUUGAGCAACCUACCGGACGAGGUGUAUGAGAGGGAGUGGGACUUGAUCAUGAUCGAUGGGCCUCAGGGUUGGUUUGCGGAGGCGCCUGGUCGGAUGGGGGUUAUAUUCUCGGCGGCGGUCAUGGCCAGGAGAAGGCAAGGGCCGGGAUCAACGCACGUGUUCUUGCAUGAUGUUGAUCGAAAGGUGGAGAAGGCUUUUGCAGAGGAGUUUCUAUGCCGUAAGUACCUUGUGAACGCCGUGGGGAGGCUCUGGCAUUUUGUGAUUCCGUCCUCCGUUGAUGUCAGCGAUACAAACAAUGCAAGUUUUUGCUAA